UAUUCACAAACAACAUAUCAGACUCCUUUCAAAAAUUCUAAAUCUUCCAUACAUCUAAUCAGCUGAAAUUUAUUGCAAAAACUCUUUAGAAAAUAUGUGCGAGAAUUAUUGCAACGUAUAUGAGACCUUUAAUCCCGAAAAGGAAUACCAGAAAUUUCUAAAACGCAAGCCCAUAGUACAAACUGCCAAGUUAUAUGAAGAGCUGCAGACCAGGGAAAAAGUCAAUCAAAAUCAACCAAAUAAUUUCAAAGGCUAUGGCGUUGAAGCUGAUCAGAACACCAUGUACCGCACUUGCAAUUCCGACUAUGGAUACUAUGCCCCAAACCCUUAUACAAUACCUUCACGUUAUCAUCCUUUAUCGCAAAGGUUCUCCAAUGAACUUCAUCGCUGUGGCAUGUAUCGUAAUUUCUCUUUGAACACUAACAUGGACCGAAGAUCCUAUUGAAAUUGUAUUAAUGUGGAGGUGGAUAAAUACAUUUGUAAAUCAAUAAAAACUAUUUUGAAGUCCAUAAAA